UGGCUCUUGGUGAUUUCAAAUAGAUAAACUUCUCAGUUUUAUACAGAGGAAUAAACAAACAAUUGUCAUCAGUAUGGAAUCUUUCAUUGGAAUGGCGUUCAUACCAUAUUAUAAUCAGUUAAUGAAAAUACUUGCCACAAAUCCUAAAUUAAAGGCAAGUGCAAAAGGAAUUUUCAAACAUGUAGCAUAUGGUGCAUGUGGCAUUGUUAUAGGGGGUUUUGGAGGUGGACCUCUUGGAGCUUUGGUUGGUGGCAUUGCAGGAACAGUGUUUGGUUACUGGCAGUCUGAUGAUUAUGAUUCACUAUUAAAAGUGUUGAAUAGUUUAUCUGAUAGUGAAAAAGAAAAACUUGUUCAGAAAGUACAGGAACAAGUAGGAAGCACUAGAAUUGAGGCUUUAACCAGAUUUAUAGAAAACCAGGCUCAAAGAAAAGUCUUAUUACACCUUAUACGGAAAUUUUCCAAGGAUCUACAACGUGGUUAAAGAUA